AUGGCCCUUCGCACUGUUGAGGUCUUUGACCACGCUGGCGAUCAGAGAAGCGCCCUUGGAAAUCUCCUCAAAAUCGGUGACUAUUCCAACUUCGUCAUCAUCUGUGGCGAGACGCGCCACAAAGUCCACAAGGCCAUCAUCUGUCUUCGAUCUGACUUCUUCAAAGCAGCGUGCGGCAGUGGAUUCAAGGUAACCUUGCACUGCACCUACUUGGGAACGCUUACUUACUUCGUACAGGAGGCUCAGGCUGGUGAGAUCGAACUGCGAGAGGAUGACCCCUUCGCCGGGGCGUAUAACUGCACUGCCGAAGGCGAUUGUCCUCUUCGCGACGUUGUUGUCAGAAUCCUGAAAUCAAAGCCAGCAAUUUUUGAAAGGAAGGAUGUGAAGGAGUUCCUGAAGGAAGAGGGCUUGGCCUACGAUAUGGUAAUGAGCUAUGGGCAGGAUAUUCUGAGGAGAAGGGGGGAGGAAUGGGAAAACUGUUCCGAAAUUAUGUAA